AUGUCACAAUCAUUGCGCCCAUACCUUCAAUGUGUGCGAUCCUCUCUCACAGCCGCCCUCGCAAUUUCCAACUUUGCUUCGCAGACGUCAGAACGGCAUAAUGUUCCAGAGGUGGAGGCGGCUACUUCCCCAGAAGUCCUACUAAACCCCCUUACAAUUGCGCGUAACGAAAACGAAAAAGUCCUUAUUGAACCAAGCGUCAACAGCAUCAGAGUCAGCAUUCGGAUUAAGCAGGCGGACGAGAUCGAGAAUAUUCUAGUGCACAAAUUCACCAGAUUUUUGACUCAAAGAGCAGAGGCGUUCUUCAUUCUACGACGGAAGCCUGUAAAGGGCUACGACAUAUCUUUUUUGAUAACCAAUUUCCAUACAGAGGCUAUGUUAAAGCAUAAGCUAGUUGACUUUAUCAUAGAGUUCAUGGAGGAGGUGGAUAAGGAAAUAUCGGAAAUGAAACUCUUUCUGAAUGCUAGGGCGAGAUUUGUGGCGGAAUCCUUUUUGACUCCUAUUUUCUGUUCUAAGGCAAUGUAA